AUGGCAAAACGUUCACGCGUCCCUGCCACCGGUGAUGUACGGCGAAUUCUACUGGUGCAACUCGAUCACCUUGGCGACGCCGUCAUUACGUUGCGAACCUUACAUUGCCUGCGAGAACGAUUCCCCUGUGCGGCGAUCGACGUGCUGUGCAGCCCGUGGACUGCUGAAUUGUUCGACGCGGCGUCCGAUGCGUCGCGGGUGUUCGUAUCACAGAACAACCGCUUCUGCAGACAACGACGAUGGACGUGGUGGUUGAGCACACUACGUUGGGGGCUACGUUUGCGGCUGCGGCAGUACGAUGUCGCUUUUGACGUGCGGGGUGAGGCUCCCUUAGCGGCUUUGCUUUGGAUUCUAGGGGCCGGGUAUCGCGUGGGAUGGAAUUGCGGAGGGGGAGGCUUCUUCCUCACACACAGUCCCGCAUACUUACAAAACCGCUCCGAGUUCGCUUCUCGCGAGGCCUUGUGGACUACCCUGCCGCUUGAAGAUCUAGCGAGUUUGCACGGUGAGACUGAAACCCGAUUGGGUGUAGAUUCGUCGCGCAACCUGGCCAACGAUUUGAAUAUCGACGAUAUUGCGCGACGGAACGUGAAUCGCCGAUUGGCGAGCUUGCCACCGGAUGAGAAUGCGAGAAUUGUACUGCAUCUGGGAGCGGGUACCCCUGCCAAACGAUGGCCCCUUGAGCAUUGGCGAAGCUUGGUCGAACGACUCACGCUAGAUGGCCGCUCAACACUGAUUCUUGUCGGAACCCGCGAAGAGCAACCACUCUCCGAUGCCUUGAAAGCCAAUCACAACUCUGCUGUGGUCGCCGACUGGACCGGCGAGUUAGGCAUCAUCGAGCUGGCCUACCUGCUGGUACAGGCAGACCUCUUUAUCGGAGCCGACUCCGGGCCUGCCCACUUAGCGGCUUCCAUGCAGACCCCCACGGUCGUGCUGUUCAGCGGUACCAACAACGCAGAGCAAUGGCGGCCAGCGGGUAAUCAUGUUCGCGUGCUGAGCAGACGCGUGGCAUGUUCGCCGUGCCAUCGCUCUGAAUGCCGAUCUGAACGACACAUCGUUCGCGAAAAGGAGUUCGCGAUGAUUGCCCCCAUUCGCCUGGCUCAUUUCCGUGUGGAUGGUGGUCGUCGUGAUCUGCUACACAUUGCACAUGGCACACUGGUGGUGAACUCCAUGUUCGAUACAUUGCUCUCCUGUCUGGCAACCGGGGCGAUGGUCCUGGCCGCCUUCGGCGUUGGUCGCCCCUUACUGCGGUGGUUUGAGUUUGGGCGACACGACCGUUUCGCGAUUGCGGUAUGGAGUAUCUCACUCGGGCUGGUCGCGUGGUCGUUUGCGAUCAUGUUCCUCGGGUUUCUGGUGCUGCUCUAUCGUCCUCUGAUCGGCGUGCUGACGAUGACCACCUGUUUCGUCGGCCUCGGCGAAAUCAUUUCCGCGCUGCAGGCUGCGCGACACGGCGUCGUAUUCGACGGCUCCGACUUGGGAGAACCACGUGCUUCAAAGUUCAGGGCCUCGAGUUGGAACAUCGCAUUGGUACUGCUCGCGGGGGCCGUAAUUGUGGGGUCAGGCAUCUCCGCACUCGCACCCCCGACGGCCGGCGAUGCCCUCUACUAUCACUUGCAGCUUCCCAAAGUUUUUCUCGAACAGCACUGCCUGGCGUACCUGCCGCUUCACGAGAAGUCCACAUUCCCGUUGGCGGUUGAGAUGUGGUACCUGUGGGGGCUGGCGAUCGAGGGCCCAGUGGCCGCUCAGAUGUUGCAUUGGGUGGCCGGUAUCAUGGCCGCCGGAGCAAGUGUUCUGCUGGCACGCUCGCUGCUCGGAACCCAGUGGGCAUGGUUGGUCGGAGUCGUCGUGCUCUGUGUGCCGGGCAUUUCCAACCAGAUGACGGCGCCCCUAAACGACGUGGGCCUGGUUCUCCUCACCACGCUGGCCCUCACCGCUUGGCGGGAAGCCGUUCACGAACAGGAUAACGCCCUCGGCUUUCUGUUGGCCGGAGUCAUGCUCGGCGCGGCUGCCGGCACCAAGUACGUGGCGUUCUUGUUCGCGCUCGCUGUUGCCGUGCAAGUUCUCUGGCAAGCCAUCACGCAGCCGCGACUACGUCCCGUUCUGGCUCGCGGGGCAACAAUCGUGGCUUGCACCGCAGUGCUUGUCGGAGGGGCCUGGUUCGUUCGCGCGGCGUUUUAUCACGGAAACCCCGUGUACCCGUUCUUUGCCAAGUACAUCGGCGACGCGGCUCCCGAGGCUCUCGGUGAAAGCAAGACGCCGCUAUCUUGGAACCCGCUGAACGUGGUUGCCUCACCCUGGACGGUGACGAUGCAACCCGACCGAUUCGGCGGUCGAGGACACCAAUUGGGCGGACUCUUCCUGGCCUGCCUGCCAGGGCUGAUCUUUGUCCGCCGCCUGCGAGGUCUCGGUGCCCUGCUGUUCAUUUCUGCCGCCUAUGGCAUUCUUUGGUACGCACUGCGGCAAAACGUGCGCUUCUUCCUGCCGAUGGUUCCAUUACUCGCCACGGCCGUCGUGUGGCUAGUCGCUGAGACUGCCCGGAUGCCCAGGAUUCCCCGCUGGACCGCCAGAGCGGUUGUCGCGGUGCUUCUCCUGGUCGGGGCUAUCGUUCCGCUAUCUCGGGCAAGGCGGCACGUCGAAGUGGCCUGUGGGCUGCAGACGCGGCAGGAGUACCUCACCAAGCGUGAGCCAACUUAUCGGGCCGCUGAGUUGACGAAUCUUCUGCUACCCCCGGAUGCCCACAUUCUGAGCCUCGACUAUCGGGGGUUCUAUUUCAAUCACCCCGUGACGCGCGAGAAGAACUACGCCUUCCAGAACAACUACCUUCCCUUCAUCGAAGCUACAGGUCGGGUUGACGACUCGCUGACAAAGGCCGGAUUCACACACGUGCUGUUAGCCGAGAAUCUAGGGAACCACGGAAUCCAAUUCGACAACCGGUUAGCUCAGCUCGUCGAUCGCCAAAUCGCUCGCGAGUCUGUCGAAGACACCCGCCAUCUGAAAACCCUCCACGAUUACACCUACGAAGACAUCGAUGGUGUGCGACGACGCUAUCGUGUGAUUGCUCUGCGCUGA